AAAUUUACAUUCUCGGAGAUUGUUCAAAAAUAUUUUGAAUCUGGUAACGCAAUUGCUGGGAAAAUUUAGAUUGUAGAAUAGAAUAUUGCCGAAUAUAUUUGCAUUUUUUGUUAAAAAGUGAAAUUAAAGUAGAGAGAAGUAAUAAAAACAGCGAAGCUAGCGCCAAAAGGCAUACAGUAAAUGGUUUUUUACUAAAUGUAAAUAUCAAAGCACAGUUGGUAAGUUGCUGGUUAGCAACAUUUUCCAUCUGGCUAUAGGGUAAAAGCCCGAUCUAACGCCAACUAACUCCCAUCACACGCUUGUGAUUGCAUAUUGCCAUUUACGGCUUAAAGACAUGCUAAAAUCUCCUUCAAAUGCUCAGGAACUGCGUCUGCCACGCCCCGAGCACACUCGAACUCAAUCACCAGCUACAAUGGAUGCUUUAAAGACGUCUUUUUUACCGAACUUAAGCAUGGAUCCAGCUAUCGUGGCAACAGCUCACUUUUGUCCAAUGUGCGGCCAACAAUUUGAAGGUCCCCAGCAAGCAACCGAACACAUGCAUCUUUGCCAUGGUGGUCUAAGCGUCGUAACAGGCGUGGGUGGCGGCAGUAUUUUGCUGGCACCACAUCACGUGAGUGCAAACCCUUCUGACCCCAUUAAAAUUGAUUACCCCUGCCAUAGCUGUGAUGAUAAAUUCUCUACGGAGCAAGAAUUAGACGAACACCAUCGUUUAAUACAUCAAGCACCUGCUUUUCUGACUCGUUGUCCGGCAUGCAAUUUCUUUGGUAUAUCGGCCACCGCGCUACAAGAAACCAGUGAGUUUAAAUGUGUCCAUUGUGGCUCAGUGUGCACUGCUGCAAAUUUAUCAGCCAGUCAACCCGCAUACGAAAAUCAAGCAUCCGAUAAUAUACCCGCGAUGACAUCUCAGGGUAUGAAAUUAUCCUCACAUGAUUUGACACAACGUCAAUAUCAACAACAACAACAACAAGUGCCACUAUCACAACCUCAAGCUCCGCAACAGCAACAACAAACUAGAGACAAUCGACUGAAUGAUGUGGAAUUAAAAGUACCACCAUUAACAGUCAAACUGAACAAAAAUGUGAAUAGCAACUCUGUGAUGCAUCCGCAUGUGAUAAUUAAACAAGAACCGAUCAAUGGCGAUGGCAACGAUGCCUCGCCCACAUCAGUGCCCGUAUAUACCAUCCAACAGACACCAUCUGUUACUACCAGUGUGGUAGUUAGUACAACUCAGGCUACUGCUGCUACAGCUAUCAAUAGCACCACGCUUAGUACCGCGAGCAAGGUGCGUCACAAGUGUCCCGAUUGUCCGAAAACUUUUAAAACGCCUAGCACAUUGGCAAUGCAUCGCAAAGUGCACACUGGAGAAGCAGAAAUUACACCCAAAGAACGCCCCUACAUAUGUUCAUAUUGCGGCAAGUCUUUUACACAAUCGAACACGCUAAAGCAGCACACGCGCAUACACACAGGUGAGAAACCUUUUAGAUGUGGCUAUUGUGGCAGGGCGUUCACAGUCAAGGACUACUUGAAUAAACAUUUAACGACUCACACGGGUGAAAAGCCUUUUCAGUGCACAUAUUGUGAAAAAGCCUUCAGUGUUAAAGAUUAUCUAACUAAACAUAUACGCACACAUACCGGUGAGAAGCCCUACACCUGUCCAUAUUGUGAAAAACGUUUCACGCAGCGUAGUGCUCUCACAGUACAUACCACAAAAUUGCAUCCGCUUUAGGAAAGGCCGAAUGGUAGUACCAGAAGAGGCCGCCAAAUCACUACCAAUACUACCGCUGCAGUAGCGUUACAACAAAUACAGCAACAAUAGCAACAUCACCAUGAAAUGAGCAGAUGAGCAAUAUAAUGGGAGUUUUCUAACAUUUUCGAUACACUUAAAGAAAUAAGUUUAAAUGAGAUUGAUAUACUCUUACUCUUUACACAUACGAGCACACACUCACAUGUAUACAAUGGUGGAACCCAGUACUUUAAGGUUGCCCGAGAAAUCUAUAUAUAUAUAUAUAUAUAUAUAUAUAUUCCGUGUCGAAUACAGUCAUUACAAAUGAAAAGUAUUCAUAAGCGAGAACCAUAUGGAUAUGGCCUGAAGAAAAACUUUUCAAUCUUAAUAGGACUUUAUUCUGUACAUCUUCUGUGAUUCUAUUUUUCUUUAAUUUCUUUUACGAAAAAUAGUGUGUGUUAACGAUUUAUUCAUUUUAUUUAUUGUUUAUGUUUUUCGUUUCAAAAUAUGUUGAAAUCAAAGCCUAUAAUUAAGAUUAUUAUUAAAAGUUAUUUGUCGUCUUGCUUCAAUUGUUAUUAAAUUAAACAAAAAUCGUGAAAAAAUUGUUAAUAGAGAAUAAUUUCACUGAGGGACUUCUUUUUAUUUUUUAACAUGUAUAUUCAACAUCUCAACAGAGCAGGAUCUCGGUUGGUUUUUACAACGUUUAUCUCUACACCUACGCCUUCAUAUCUCUGUUUAAGUUUAAGUUGAUCUUUUGAUUUAUUUUAUCCUUCAUUAUGGUAAAGCACUGAAACUAACAUGUUUGGAAAUAAUCUUUUAAUUUCUAAUUUAUAUUUUGUUGUUGUUUGUAGAAAACUUGUUAUUUUUAUAUUGUAUACAAUUGUAACUAUACUAAACCCAAAAAGCAUGAUGUUGACAUUUUGUAAAAAACACUGAAAAGCUCAAGACAAAUUUUUAGAUAAAAGUAAAACUUUAAAAACUAAUUAAAACAAACAUAGCACAAAAAAUCGCUACAGCCUUUAAAAAAAAAUAGAAGAAAAAAGCUUUUUUUGAUUAACUAAUUUUCUUAAAGCAAGCAAAUUAAUAGCAACCCCCUUAUAAACUCGAAUAUUAUUUUUAGACUAUCUUCAUGGCUUUAGUUUGAGGCGAAUCACAAAACUGUUCUUGCAUUUUAUGUGAUUACCACAAAAAUGCUCUUUUUUUGCACAAACAUACCGUAAACCGCUUAAGCAAUUAGAAAUGUAUAAAACUUCAUUAAGAGAGAAAUGGCACACAAUGCGUUGGAAUCCAAAUAAUGUACAUUUUUUUACUGCAAUUUUUUAGAAAUCCAUAACCAAUGUGACGUUGGCUUUUUAUAAUUUGGCCAUUUCUCUGAACCUUUUCAAACUGUUGAUAAUCGGGCCUUUAUAGAAUAUUUCGUAACUCUAUUCAAAUUUAAACUUUCCUUGUACAGUCAUGAACUUCCAAUGAGUAAACUUACAAAUACAGUUUCUUUUUCUCUUCGGAAAAAAUUUCGAAAAAUUAUUAUGUUUUGGAGAUAUUAAAUGUGUGCAAGUAGGCACAUGAAGCUUUCUAAUACUUUUUCCUAUCUUAAAUGUUUCGUUCGGUUUGAUGCCCGCCAAUUUCUAUGCGAUAUUUGAUUGCAAGAAGAUAGUCGCUUUCAAGAUAAUUGUAGAAGCUAAAAGCCAUUUCAUAGCGUUGCUUCUUAUUUAUAUAAGAAUAUUAUAUAUAUUUGGUACUUGAUGGUUGGCCGAUUGAUGGAUGGAUGGUUGAGACGAUUUUCGUGGUGUUUGGAGUUUGACGCAAACAAGAAGUGAAAUAUUAGUACUUAGUUUGCUUUCCUAGAUAAAAUUUUGAGGUUAUAAAUAUAAUUGAAAAUGGCAUACAGUUGUGAUUAAAUAAAUAAAUAUCUAGCAUCGGAAAUAUAAUAAAUAU